CGCGCCAGAGUGGGCGGGCGGUAGGUUGCGGCGCGGUUUGGCUGCACCGACACCGGGUUACAUAGGGCGGAGUCCGGCGUGUCCUUGGGCAGACGCCGGGCGGUGCGGGGCGGCCGGGGAAAGGCGGCGGCGGGGCAGCGCUGAAGAUGGGGGACGUCGAGAAGGGCAAGAAGAUCUUCGUGCAGAAAUGCUCCCAGUGCCAUACGGUUGAGAAGGGAGGCAAGCACAAGACCGGACCCAACCUACACGGCCUGUUCGGGCGCAAGACUGGGCAGGCUGAGGGCUUCUCGUACACAGAUGCUAAUAAGAAUAAAGGUAUCACCUGGGGUGAGGAUACUCUGAUGGAGUAUUUGGAAAAUCCAAAGAAGUACAUCCCAGGAACAAAGAUGAUUUUCGCGGGUAUUAAGAAGAAGUCCGAGAGAGCAGACUUAAUAGCAUAUCUCAAAGAUGCCACUGCAAAGUAGAAGUUAUCUGCUGCCUUAUUUAUUUCACAAAGGAGAUGGCAAUGGAAAUAUCUGUGACAAGAUUGGUUUUUAAACAUUCUAUUUUUACAUGUACCAUGUCUAACCUUAAAAUUGGUCUUACCCAUCAGAUAACGUUGCUCAUGGUGGGAUGCUGGACUACACGCUUGUUUGGCAGCCACUAACUUAUGGAAACUAUGUAAUUGGAUUGAUUUAAAUGAAUAUAAUGUUCAGUCAUUCUUGAUCAUGGAAUUAAAAAAAAAACAAACAAACACUUCUGGCCUCUUCAUUGUUUAAAAAAAAAAAAGCAUUGAAUGAGUAAUUGUUAGUAGUAUAACAGGUUUGGCAGCCUAACUCUUCCAGAUGGAAAAGGAGGAUGGGCCUUAGCAUCUUCCACCAUAAGUCUGUGACAUUACUUUAAAGAUUUACUUAAAAAAAUUAAAAAAUAUUUUUCUAAGUUUGAUCAGUACAAGGUGUUAUGGUAUAUAUUAAUCUGUCUAAAGCUUGGAAUAAGAAUACAAUUUCACUUUCUUACUAAUUGUGAAAUGGUAACUGUGCUCAGGCCCUUUUAUCUAGGGGAAGCAUGUUACUUGAUUUAUCUGGACUUUGACAGUUGCAUGCACCAGUAGAGUAUAACUCCAGAAACCUCUUCAUUUUUGUGAACGUUGUUGAAACCCUGUGUUCAGUAAGUCUUCAGAAAACAGCAAUUUGUAGUGUAAUGAAAGAAAAACAUGAUGUUCUGGAAAGAUAAUAACUAAAAACCAAGUUGAGAGUUAACAAUCUUAUUUCAGCAGAAGCGCUAACCUGAAAUCUACUGUUAAAAGCAACUUCUGAUGAAGAGGUACAGGAAUAAAUGCAGUGGUAGACUAAAAGGAAACAGUCUUCCUCUGUGCCUGCCUGGAGCCUAUAUCACUACAGAAGGUUCUGUUUCAUGUGUAAAGCAGUAUUUUAGCAUUUUAACUGGAUUUUUUUUCAAAUUAAGUGAAUUGUUCAGCUGAAUGUAUUUACUGUGUAUCAACAGUAAGGCACAACUUGGAGUGAUCAAUCUGAUAAAUUAAAAGUAUUGAAAGUUU